CGGGAAACCGCCGAUGUGUUGUUUGUGAUGGUAAGAUAUCUUACGAUUUCCCCUGAAAAACUGAGAAUUUGUUGCUCCGGUCAUAUAAUCUACCCUCUUACGCACUUAGUUCCUCGCCGGAAUUCUCUUUCCGGCUGUUAUUCUUCAAUUAGUAAGAGAAAAUAUGACCGACACUUCACUUCCUCUGUUUUGUCUCCGGUUACUUCUGUUGACCACAACAUGCUCGACGAAUUGCCCAAGAGAGAGAACAGGAAGGUGGAUUCGAGCUUUGUGUUCUUGCGAGAUGUACUUAGAUCCUCCAUGAUGAGAACAGAGACUGAGACUCCAAGGAGUGUCCAUUGUUUUGCUUUGAAGUGUGGGUUUCUACUAGAUUUGCCUGUAUCAUCACAGCUUCUGACGCUUUUCGGUAGAACAGGGGACUUGGUGUCUUCUUUGGGUCUGUUUGGUGAACUGAGAGUCAAAGAUGUGAUUGUUUGGAACAGUAUGAUCACUGCUCUGAAUCAAAAUGGUCGUUACAUUGAAGCUGUUGGAUUGUUCGUUGAGAUGAUUCAGAAAGGAACUGAGUUUGAUUCGACAACUCUUUUACUUGCAGCUUCCGCGUUAUCUAGUCUACAUCUUUCGAACAAAUGUCCAAUGGUUCAUUGUUUAGCAAUUGAGACUGGUUCGGUUUCUGAUUCUAACUUGUGCAAUGCAUUGAUGAAUCUAUAUGCAAAAGGUCAAGACUUGAGCUUCGCAGAGAGUGUGUUUGCACAUAUGGAGCAUCGAGACAUUGUUUCUUGGAACACGAUCUUGACUAAAUGUCUUGCAAAUGGUCAUCCGAAGAAAUCAUUGAAGUACUUCAUAUCGAUGUGUGGUUUGGGACAAGAAGCUGAUAAUGUGACUUUUUCAUGCGUUAUCUCAGCUUGUGGUUCUCUUGAGGACCUUUCUCUAGGUGAAUCCUUCCACGGGUUGGUUAUAAAAUCAGGUUAUAGCCUAGAAGCUCAUGUCUCUGUGGCCAACUCGAUCAUUUCGAUGUACUCAAAAUGUGGAGAUAUCGAGGCUGCAGAAACUGUGUUUGAAGAAUUAUUGUGCGAGGAUGUGAUUUCUUGGAAUUCAGUCCUUAGUGGGUUUGCUGCAAACGGAUUGUUUCAAGAAGCAUUUGGUAUUUUGAAGGAAAUGCAAUCAGUGGUUAAGAUUCAGCCUGAUAUCGCCACUGUGGUUACAAUAAUUUCAAUAUGCGGUGAUUUAUGUUUGCCACGAGAGGGAAGAGCAGUUCAUGGUUAUACGGUUCGCAGAGAAAUGCAAUCUAGAGCAUUAGAAGUAAUAAACAGCAUUAUUGAUAUGUACGGUAAAUGUGACUUAACAAGUCAGGCUAAGUUGUUGUUCAAGACAACAACAAAUCGAGACUUGGUUUCGUGCAACUCAAUGAUAUCUGCUUUUGCGCAAAACGGGUUUACACAAGAAGCUAAGAAUCUGUUCAAGGAAGUUGUUAGUGAGUAUUCUUGUUCAAAGUUUAGCUUGUCAACUGUGUUGGCAAUUCUUACGUCUUGUGAUUCCUCUAAUUCUCUCAUCUUUGGCAAAUCAGUCCACUGUUGGCUGCAAAAGUUAGGGUUUGGGGAUAAUAUCCUUUCGGCUAAUUCAGUUAUAAACAUGUACAUCGGUUGCAGAGACCUAACUUCAGCAUUCCUGCUGUUAGAGACGAUAUCCGAUACAAGGGAUCUCACAUCUUGGAACUCUGUUAUCUAUGGCUGUGCCUCAAAUGGUCACCAUUUAGAUUCAUUGAGAGCGUUUCAAGCAAUGAGUCGUGAAGGGAAAAUUCGUCAUGACUUGAUUACUCUUCUGGGUACUAUAUCGGCUAGUGGAAACCUCGGACUGAUCUUACAAGGAAGGUGCUUUCAUGGUCUAGCUAUUAAAAUUCUGAGAGAAGCGGACACCCAACUGCAGAACACAUUGAUCACCAUGUAUGGUAGAUGUAAAGACAUUGAGAGUGCAGUGAAGGUCUUUGGCUUGAUCUUUGACCCUAACUUGUGUUCCUGGAACUGUGUGAUAUCAGCUUUGUCCCAGAACAAAGCAGGACGAGAAGUAUUUCAACUCUUCAGAAACCUCAAGUUGGAGCCAAACGAGAUCACAUUUGUUGGUCUUCUGUCUGCCUCCACUCAGCUCGGGUCAACAAGGUAUGGUAUGCAGGCACACUGUCAUCUCAUUCGUCGUGGGUUUCAAGCUAACCCUUUUGUCAGUGCAGCACUUGUGGACAUGUACAGUAGCUGCGGGAUGUUAGAAACCGGCAUGAAAGUGUUUAAAAAUUCAGGGGUGAAAUCAAUUUCGGCUUGGAACUCGGUAAUAUCUGCAUAUGGAUUCCAUGAAAUGGGAGAGAAGGCAAUGGAGUUAUUCAAGGAAUUAAGUAGUAGUAAGUCAGGGAUGGAACCAAACAAGAGCACUUUCAUAAGCAUACUGUCAGCUUGCAGCCACUCUGGGUUUAUUGAUGAAGGUCUAAGAUAUUACAACCAAAUGGAGGAAAAAUUCGGGGUUAAACCAGUUACCGAGCAUUGGGUUUGCAUUGUUGACAUGUUUGGCCGGGCAGGGAAGCUAAGAGAAGCUUAUGAGUUCAUUACAAGUAUUGGUGAGCCACAAAAGGCAGGUGUAUGGGGAGCUUUGUUUUGCGCUUGUAACUAUCAUGGGGACACAAAGUUGGGAAAAGAAGUUGCAGAAGUUUUGUUUGAAAUGGAACCAGACAAUGCAUCUUACUAUAUCUCCUUAUCGAAUACUUAUGUUGGGUUGGGAAGUUGGGAUGAAGCCGUACGGCUACGGAAGAUGGUGGAGGAUAAUAAUUUGAAGAAGCUCCCUGGUUACAGUAUUAUUGAUGUUGGUGUUAGAUAGUGUUUCACGUUCUCUCCUAUAUCAGUGAAUAGUUUAGAGGCUGUAUGAGUAGCAAGAAAAUAACAUAACAAUAGGCAAUAAAUUCCUUGUAAAAUCCAAGUAAUAACAUCACUGUAAUUGUUGAAAGCAUACAACUCAGGAAA